UUUUGGAACCGCAAAGGUUUUAUCUGGACCAAUGUACUGAUAUUUUGUGACUGGCACAUGAACAUAGCGUUUGUCUACGAUGGAGUCGAGGGAAGUGCUCACGAUGCCACCAUUAUGAUCUGGUCCCGGCUAUGGAGCAAAUUCCGGAGCAUUUUUACGUUUUGGGGGCUGCUGGAUAUGGCCAUAGCGAUAAAGUCCUGA